CAGCGGCGGCGUGCGUCUGCCUGUGUGACACAAUUACAACAAGUUUGAGCCGCAGGUCGAAGUUUGAGAUUUGAUGAACUGACCCGGACCCCCGGACCCGCGCCCCCCGCAGCUGCAUGCGGCCGCUGUCGGUGCAGGAGCCGCCGUGUUUCCACCUGCGAUGACGGCUGCGGACGCUGCUUCGAACGGAUCGUUUCCUUGAGGAUUUGGCAAGAAUCACGCUACGCCCCGUUCGAGACCUGGAAAGGUGUGCGACCCUUUCCCGUCUCACCGCGACCCCCGGAGCUGCUCGGUGCCCGUCGACCCGCCCGCCGCUCCCCCAUGAAGUCGUGCGGAGUGUCGCUGCCCGCCGCCGCCGCCUCCGCCGUUGCCCGGAGCCUCGGCGUUGCUGGUAAUGACGAGGAGAAAAUGGCGUCGGGAAAAGCGACCGAAAUCGAAGAGGACUUUCCGAAGCUAACAGCGCAGGAGAAGCGGAGCCUGGCCGGGGUGGACAGCUCACUGUUUGGAUUUCACAGGCUUCAAGAAGAUGGCGCCAGAACGAAGGCCUUGCUGUUAAAGGCGGUUAGCUGCUACGAUGCCCUCAUCCUGAAAGCAGAGGGGAAAGUGGACCCUGACAUCUUCUGUCAGCUGGGCCACUUCAACCUGCUGCUGGAGGAUUAUGAAAAAGCAUUAUCAGCUUACCAGAGGUACUUCAGUUUACAGUCGGACUACUGGAAGAAUGCUGCCUUUCUAUACGGCCUGGGCAUGGCUUACUUCCAUUUCAACGCUUCUCAGUGGUCAAUCAAGGCGUUCCAGGAGGUGCUGUACAUCGACCCCAGCUUCUCCAGAGCUAAAGAGAUUCAUCUGAGGCUGGGACUCAUGUUUAAAGUCAACACCGACUAUGAGUCGAGCUUAAAGCAUUUUCAGCUGGCUUUGAUCGACUCCACUCUCUGCACUUUGUCCAAAGCUGAAAUUCAGUUUCACAUCGCUCAUUUGUAUGAGAUCCAGAAGAAAUACAGAGCGGCGAAAGAAGCGUAUGAAAGUCUGCUGCAGACAGAAGAUCUUCCUGCGCAGGUGAAGGCGACAACACUGCAACAACUGGGCUGGAUGCAUCACACGGUGGAGCAGCUCGGGGAUAAAGGCACCAAGGACAGCUAUGCUAUCCAGUGUCUGCAGAAGUCUUUAGAAGCCGACCCGAACUCUGGCCAGUCCUGGUACUUCCUCGGCAGGUGCUACUCCAGUAUUGGGAAGGUGCAGGAUGCCUUCAUCUCCUACCGCCAGUCCAUUGACAAGUCUGAGGCCAGUGCUGACACCUGGUGCUCCAUAGGGGUGCUGUACCAGCAGCAGAACCAGCCUAUGGACGCACUGCAGGCCUACAUCUGCGCUGUUCAACUGGACCACAGCCACGCCGCUGCCUGGAUGGACCUGGGCACGCUCUAUGAGUCCUGCGGCCAGCCGCACGACGCCAUCAAGUGCUACCUGAACGCCACGCGCAGCCGGGCCUGCCUCAACACGGCCGCGCUCACACAGCGCAUCAAGCUACUGCAGGCUCAGUUGUGUAACCCACAGCCAGGUAGUCUGCAGAAUAAGAGUAAAAUGCUUCCUAGUAUUGAGGAGGCAUGGAGCCUACCCAUUCCUGCUGAGCUCACGUCCAGGCAGGGGGCCUUGAACACUGCACAGGCACAGCAGGCCUGCAAGGGGGAGGGAGGCCAGUCGGCCAGUAACCACACAGACCCACAGGCCAGUCCGGCCAAGAGGAAACGCACUGCCAGCCCCGCCAAGAGCGUCGCAGACUCGUGGGCCAACAGCACCGAUCAGCAGCAGAUCCCCGGCUGGUACCUGACGCCACAGAAGCUCCAGCUCCUGGAUCACCUGCGGACCAACCGAGCGAGCCUCAAGCCCCCCCAGGUGCAGAUGCUGGAACAGCUGGAGAACCAGUUCACUCUCAUGCAGCAGCACCAGCAGCAGACGAGGCAGCAGGCGGCGGGUGGCCCACCUCGGCCCAGUGUCCCCAACGGCCCGUCGGCUGAUCCCUCUCAUCACCACGCAGACCUCCCCCGCGCCUCCCCUCUCAACCACACGGCCCCCCCGGCCACAGCCAACGGAUCCUGCUCUUCGAGUCCGUCGGCGGGGCCGCUGGGACACCUGGACAGAAAUCACACCCCGGGACUUGGAGGUGUCGGCGCGAGCAACGGAAACGUGCCUUACCCGCAGCAGAACUCUCUACCUCACCACUGCACAGCCGCCAGUCACCCCAGCACCAGCAGCACGACCAGUAGUCCCAGUCACGCAGACGAGACAUGGAGGAGCCAGCAGCGCAACACUACCACUCAGGGGCUUCAAAAAGGUCCAGGUUCACAUUCGGCGGGUCCCAAUGGAGAACCCCCUUUCUCUUCCUCCUCCUCCUCCCCUCAGACCUCGUUCUCUUCCUCUGGCAUUCUGAAUCAGGUUGGACAUUCCUCUGGGCUCUGCACUGUCUCCUCCUCAGCCUCCUCGUUGUCCCCCACCUCCCCCCAGACCACACCCAACCACUUUUCCUCGCCUCCCCACUCCACUUCUACCUCAGGGGUCCACACCAAAGACACCACGCCUUCAGGGGGCAGCAACGGCAGCAGCACCUCGGCUGCUACUGUGCCAUCAGGUCCGGAGGCCGCCGUCAGGCAUUCUGCAGGGACGCCCCUUAGUCCCAGCACAACCCCCGCGCAGGGAUCGACUAAUCACGUCCAGCCGCGGGUGACGGACAGCUCCACCGGCCCGUCUCAGCCCGGCUCUCCUGCCCCCGGCGUGCUCAGUUCAGACAAUCCUCAGCUCUCAGCCUUGCUAAAGGGAAAAGCCAAUACUACCAGUAAUGACGACAACAAUAACCACAGGAACCACGCCGGGCCUUCGUCAGAGAAACUCAACAACGUCCACCCGGGUCUCCACGGUGCCGCCAAGAAGACAUCGGAGCUUUCAGUGGCGUCCUCGCCACCGUCAGCCACGGCUACGCCCUCCCCUCGCUCUGCAGACCCUCACGCCACCAACAGCCUCUCCUGCCUUAACAGCCCGUCCGCCACCAGCAGCCAGGGGCCCACGCUCAAUGGGACGGGGCUGGAGGACUCCCACAGCCCCAUCAAGCUGGAGCCUCCUGGAGGAGCUCAUAAACACAGCACCCCUGCUGGUCUUGCCCCCUGGUCCUCGUUCUCCAUCUACCCCAGCUCCAGUGAAGUCCUCAAAGCCUGCAGGUACCUGGGGAAGAACGGCCUGUCCACGAGCAGCGUCCUCCUGGACAAGUGUCCCCCGCCGCGUCCCCCUCCCCCGCCAUCUCCUCCGCUGCCAAAGGACAAACUCAACCCUCCGACCCCCAGUAUAUAUCUCGAAAACAAGAGGGACGCCUUCUUCCCGCCGCUCCAUCAGUUCUGCACCAACCCCUCCAACCCAGUCACCGUCAUCAGGGGACUGGCCGGAGCUCUCAAACUGGACUUGGGCCUGUUCUCCACCAAGACGUUGGUGGAGGCCAACCCCGACCACCUGGUGGAGGUGCGGACCCAGUUAGCUCAGCCCAACGAUGAGAACUGGGACCCCAGCGGCAGCAGGAAGAUGUGGCGCUGUGAGAGCAGCCGCUCACACACCACCAUCAUCAAGUACGCCCAGUACCAGGCCUCGUCCUUCCAGGAGUCUCUACGGGAGGAGAACGAGAAGAAGAAGGAGAUGGACGCAGAGGCAGGUUCCUCAGACAGUGCGAUGCGGCGGCGGAAAGGUCAAUUCAAACACCUCAAGUUCGGCACCAACAUCGACCUGUCGGAUGAAAAGAAGUGGAAGCAGCAGCUCCAGGAGCUGGCCAAGCUUCCGGCGUUUUCCCGGGUGGUGUCUGCCGGGAACCUGCUCAGCCACGUGGGCCACACCAUCCUGGGCAUGAACACCGUGCAGCUCUACAUGAAGGUGCCAGGGAGCCGGACGCCAGGUCAUCAAGAGAACAACAACUUCUGCUCGGUCAACAUCAACAUCGGUCCUGGUGACUGCGAGUGGUUCGCUGUCCCCGAGGCCUACUGGGGCGUCAUCAACGACUACUGUGAAAGGAACAACAUCAACUUCCUGAUGGGCUCCUGGUGGCCGAACCUGGAGGACCUGUACGAGACCAACGUGCCCGUCUACCGCUUCAUCCAGCGUCCAGGAGACCUGGUGUGGCUCAACACCGGCACCGUCCACUGGGUUCAGGCCAUCGGCUGGUGCAACAACAUCGCCUGGAACGUGGGACCGCUCACAGCUCAUCAGUACAAACUGGCGGUGGAGCGUUACGAGUGGAACAAGCUGCAGAGCGUCAAGUCCAUCGUUCCCAUGAUCCACCUCUCCUGGAACAUGGCGAGGAACAUCAAGGUGUCCGACCACCGGCUCUUUGAGAUGAUCAAGUAUUGUUUGUUACGGACUCUGAAGCAGUGUCAGAUGCAGCGGGAGCUGCUCCUGGCUGCUGGGAAGGAACUGGUUUGGCACGGGAGGACGCAGAGCGAGCCGGCGCACUACUGCAGCAUCUGCGAGGUGGAGGUGUUCGACCUCCUGUUCGUCACCAGCGAGAGCAACAGCAGGAAGACGUACGUGGUGCACUGCCAGGACUGCGCCCGCAGGGGGAGCUCUAACCUGGACAACUUCGUGGUGCUGGAGCAGUACAAGAACGAUGACCUCAUGCAGGUUUACGACCAGUUCACACUGGCGAGCCCCCUCCCGUCUUCCUCUUGAUGCUAAGAGGAGGAACCACAUCGGACUUUCACCGGAACCUUCUCCGGAAACUGAUAUUCAGGAAGUUAAGCCGGCAGUCCUCCCACUGCGCUCUGUAGCUCCCCCACAAGGCAGCUGCGUGAAAGCUGUGUGUCUAUGCAACCUGCCCAGAGGGGUGUGCCUCCCCCCGGUGGCCUGGAGGGGGACGGCAGCUCCUUCUGUCGUCUUGACCAGACUGUUCUACUGCUGGACUUCAUUAGAAAACACACACACAUAUAUACACACAAUCACAAUCACACUCACACACAUCCCAGAGGAAAAAUGAUGAAAUAAAGUUUUGUACAUAUGAAGUUUCACAAAGACUACUGACUUGAUCUUUUUCUUUUUCCAUUUUUUUGUGAUUAUGUUUGUGGGUGUGACCCCCCCCCCCCCAUCAGAUGAGUCAUUAGCAUAGCGGGUGUCUCUGUCCGACACCUCCUCAGUCAGGAAAACAUUUAAAACCUGUUUUGUAAUGUGAAAAGAUGAGUGACACAUUUCUUAACAACAUUUCACCCACUUUACUUUUCUGUGGAAAUCAGUUCACAAACGGCCAAGUCACAGAAACAAAGGGUUGCACACAGACAAGCGUGAACUUUCAGUUGUGUUUUUUUAUUUUGAUGUAAAUUUACACUAUUUAUAAAAUGCAUAUUUAUUGCUUGAGAAUAUUUGUUGAUGGAAUGCUGUCAUUUUUUUUCCAGAGUACCUGCCAUUGAAUUUGAAGGAGCUGUGUGAUUUUUAAACUCGGCCCCUCGUACGUUUUCUAUAUAAAUAAACUGCUUAGUAAGCGUUGUACAGAGACUUCAACCUGGAAAUGGGUUUAUUGUUUGAAGGAUGUUUUAUGCGUCAAUAAACAAAAACUGUCUUUAUUUA